AUCUGUAUUAUACCGGAGACUCAUUUAAAGAGAGCUUUGCUUGGUCCACAUAGAAAUUGAGGCAUACAAGUUAUACUAGGUCAACUCACCUGAAGAUUGAAGCCAUCUCUGAGAGUGAGACAUGGACUGUCACAAUCAGGAGGAGUGCAGCCGGCCCCAGGAGGAGGAGGACAUCAUGGACAUCCCCCUGGAUGACCCCGAGGCCAACAGGGCUGCUGCCAAGAUCCAGGCUGGCUUCCGUGGCCACAUGACCCGUAAGAAGAUGAAGCCGGAGGACAAAGCAGAAGGGGAGGAGGUGAGCAGCACUGGGGAUGUGCUCAACGGCAGCCAGGGGGACACAGAGACAGGAGGAUCGGGGGCAGUAGAGGGAGACGACACAUCUGUGCCAGAGCAGUGACACCCCUGUCCUGCCCUGGAUGAAGAGAAAGAGGGGGAGCAAGGUAGCGAGCGAUGGCUGGCAUAAGCUGACUGGGCUGGCUUUCAGACACACCUUUUUACCCCAGGAGUCGUUUUCUUUUUUCAACACAAAAUUAGCAGUAGAAAAUGAACAGUUUUGAGGGCGUGUUAUGUGAAUUUUGUGAACUUUAACACUCCUUCUCUGCUUCUCCAGCAGUCUCAUCAGUACGGAUGUCUUUGACCCAGAAUUUGCAACUCACUGCAUGUACUUGUGAAACUUCUGGUAGUGUGCUAGUUUUUAGAUGAUGAUCUGUGAAUGUGAAAAUGAAUGUCCUCUAAAUGCUAAA